UGAAGUUUUGCCUUCUGAUUCUGAACCAGCCUUUCAACAAAGGUCAUUUUCAUUGUCUGUGGAGCAAAGCUGCACUGAGAGCUUGUGCUGAUGGAGGUGCCAAUCGUCUCUAUCACGUCACAGAAGGAAGCCAGGACAGCUUCUUGCCUGAUUACAUCAGUGGUGAUUUUGAUUCCAUUCAGCCUGAAGUCAAGGAGUACUACAAGGUCAAGGGAUGUGAGUUAAUUGAGACCAUGGAUCAGGACCUUACAGAUUUCACCAAGUGCCUUCAGAUACUCCAGAAGAAGAUAGAGAAGAAGGGCCUCCAGAUCGAUGUGAUUGUGACUUUGGGCGGACUUGGAGGACGCUUUGACCAAAUAAUGGCAUCAGUGGAAACGCUUUUUCAUGCAGCAAAUAUCACUCCUUUUCCAGUGAUAGUUAUCCAGGAGUGCUCGCUGAUUUGCCUGCUUCAACCUGUAAGUGUUGUGAAAAGUUACUUCAUACUAAACCUGACCUUCCACCCACCCUUUUCUUAA